AUGACCCUACCCAAACAAGAGGCACAGAAGAUAAUAACAGACCACUCCGAGAUCCGCAUACUGGAAAGAAGAUUACACGUUGAGAUAUGCCAAAAAUGCUGGGAAUACAGUCACACCACAAAAAAAUGCACUGGUCCGGAUAGGUGCAGACUAUGCUUUAAAUGUGGAGAAGAGGGCCACUCUGCAAGGGACUGCAAGAACUCAGAAAGUUGCCCAGUCUGCCAUAAAGCCGACCAUAGAGCAGGGAAGAUGCGCGAAGUUCAGAGAGUCCCUAGGCAGAAAAUCACGGAACUAACGAUAACUAAAUUCCUCCAGGUGAACCUGAACAGAUGCUACGAGGCUCACGACCUCCUCAUAGUUACAGCCAACCAGCUAGACAUAGACGUAUUAGCAGUAUCAGGCUUUGUGUGA